AUGCUGAUCCUCGCUCUCACAUCUCCUUUUGCGUCGCAAGGCCCUUUUCUGUCUAUGCCCACAUACUCCCCCACCCCCCUCGCUCGGAUUGGUGUGACGGCAGCUCGGGCGCGAGGGCAGCGCGAAGGCGACCGAGCCGACCGUUGGGCCGCCGCGGUUGGGGGCCGCGCCCCCCUGGCGAUACCCGAGCGGAUGCCCGCCCGUUCCACCGGCGCCCGGCCCAGCCUGUUCCUCUCCGCAGAACCCGAUCCCAGGUCCCGGGGAGGAGAGAGAGGGCGAUGGAUGGGGAAGGGGAGGGAGGGGGCGUGCGACCUCCUGGGGGGAAAGCACCGCCAUCUCCUUGAGGCUAUUCCUCCGGACACUCCUGUCCUGGCGGUGAACCAUCUCGGCGAUAGCUUCUUCCUAAACGGCAUCUUGUCCGAUUCUGCUGCCUAUUCUGCGGCGUCGUCCCUGUGA